CUGAAGUUUGAGGAAGUGUCUCGUCCUCAGAGCAAAUGCUCACAGACACCAGGACUGACGAGGGAGAAUGAACAGCUUCUUCUUUCCAGAUGUUUCCUCGACACAUGAAGGUGGAAAGUGUCUGUAAAUCGACCUGAAGUGAGUUCAGCAGGUGGGGGCUCUGCCAUGGAUCAGUGUGAGGACAGAGAGGAGGGAGCCCCUCCCUCUAAAACCACUCUGUGUGGGGAACAUGAGAGAAAGACCAGAGCUCAGAGUGUCAGGAAGCAGCAGCAGAGACCAGACUCUCCUGAACCCAGCUGUGUGUCCAUGAAGAGUGACCGGUCAAUGUUUCGUCCUUUUGACUUUAAAGUUCAACAACCUGCUGAUGGAAGAGUUGAGCAGCAGAGCUCAGAGGUCCACAGUGAUCAGUCUGCCCAGCAGCAUCAACCAGACCUGGACUCCAUCUUUAUGCUGCUGGAGGAGAACAUGGCCAUGUUUGUGAAGAACGAGCUGAAGAGAGUCCAGAGGCUCCUGAGACCAGAUUACCCAGAAUCCUCAGAGAGUCAGAGGGAGGAGGAGGAGGUGUUGGGUGGUGAGGAUGAAGAGCAGAGGAGGAGCAGCAGAGAGGCGUUUCUGAAGAUCACAGUGAACUUCCUGAGGAGAAUGAAGCAGGAGGAGCUGGCUGACUGUCUGCAGAGCAAGGGUCAUUAUGCAGUUUGUCAACAACAGCUCAAAUCUAACCUGAAGAAGAAGUUCCAGUGUGUGUUUGAGGGGAUCGCUAAAGCAGGAAACCCAACCCUUCUGAACCAGAUCUACACAGAGCUCUACAUCACAGAGGGAGGGACUGCAGAGGUCAAUGAUGAACAUGAGGUCAGACAGAUUGAAAAAGCAUCCAGGAAACCAGUCAGAACAGAAACAACCAUCGACAAGAACAUCUUUAAAGCCUCACCUGGAAGAGACGGACCAAUCAGAACAGUGAUGACAAAGGGAGUGGCUGGCAUUGGGAAAACAGUCUUAACACAGAAGUUCACUCUGGACUGGGCUGAAGACAAAGACAACCAGGACAUACAGUUCACAUUUCCAUUCACCUUCAGAGAGCUGAAUGUGCUGAAAGAGAGAAAGUUCAGCUUGGUGGAACUUGUUCAUCACUUCUUUACUGAAACCAAAGAAGCAGGAAUCUGCAGGUUUGAUCAGUUCCAGGUCGUGUUCAUCUUUGACGGUCUGGAUGAGUGUAGACUUCCUCUGGACUUCCACAACACUGAGAUCCUGACUGAUGUUACAGAGUCCACCUCAGUGGACGUGCUGCUGACAAACCUCAUCAGGGGGAAACUGCUUCCCUCUGCUCGCCUUUGGAUAACCACACGACCUGCAGCAGCCAAUCAGAUCUCUCCUCAGUGUGUUGACAUGGUGACAGAGGUCAGAGGGUUCACUGACCCACAGAAGGAGGAGUAUUUCAGGAAGAGGUUCAGAGAUGAGGAGCAGGCCAGCAGCAUCAUCUCCCACAUCAAGACAUCACGAAGCCUCCACAUCAUGUGCCACAUCCCAGUCUUCUGCUGGAUCACUGCUACAGUUCUGGAGGAGGUGUUGAAAACCAGAAGGAGAGGAGAGCUGCCCAAGACCCUGACUGAGAUGUACAUCCACUUCCUGGUGGUUCAGUCCAAACUGAAGAAGGUCAAGUAUGAUGGAGGAUCUGAGACAGAUCCACACUGGAGUCCAGAGAGCAGGAAGAUGAUUGAGUCUCUGGGAAAACUGGCUUUUGAGCAGCUGCAGAAAGGAAACCUGAUCUUUUAUGAAUCAGACUUGACAGAGUGUGGCAUCGAUAUCAGAGCAGCUUCAGUGUACUCAGGAGUGUUCACACAGAUCUUUAAAGAGGAGAGAGGCCUGUACCAGGACAAGGUGUUCUGCUUCGUCCAUCUGAGUGUUCAGGAGUUUCUGGCUGCUCUUCAUGUCCAUCUGACCUUCAUCAACCCUGGACUCAAUCUGCUGUUGGAUAAACAAUCAACCUAUUGCUCACCUAAACUCCUGAGGGACAAGCCUGAACCAAUACUCUUCUACCAGAGAGCUGUGGACGAGGCCUUACAGAGUCCAAAUGGACACCUGGACUUAUUCCUCCGCUUCCUCCUGGGUCUUUCACUGCAGACCAAUCAAACUCUCCUACAAGGUCUGUUGUCAAACACAGGAAGUAGCUCAGAGACCAAAAAGACUACAGUUCAGUACAUCAAGAAGAAGAUCGAAGAGACUCCCUCUGCAGAGAAAAGCAUCAACCUGUUUCACUGUCUGAAUGAACUGAAUGAUCGUUCUCUAGGGGAGCAGAUCCAACAGUCCCUGAGAUCAGGACGUCUCUCCACAGAUAAACUGUCUCCUGCUCAAUGGUCAGCUCUGGUCUUCAUCUUACUGUCAUCAGAAGAAGAUCUGGACGUGUUUGACCUGAAGAAAUACUCUGCUUCAGAGGAGGCUCUUCUGAAGCUGCUGCCAGUGGUCAAAGCCUCAAACAAGGCUGUACUGAGUGGCUGUAAACUCUCAGAGAGAAGUUGUGAAGCUCUGUCCUCAGUCCUCAGUUCCCAGUCCUCUAGUCUGAGAGACCUGGACCUGAGCAACAACGAUCUACAGGAUUCUGGAGUGAACCUGCUGUCUGCUGGACUGGAGAGACAACACUGUAGACUAGAAACUCUAAGUCUGUCAGGAUGUCUGGUCACAGAGGAAGGCUGUGCUUCUCUGGCCUCAGCUCUGAGCUCCAACCCCUCCCAUCUGAGAGAGCUGGACCUGAGCUACAAUCAUCCAGGAGACUCAGGAGUGAAUCUGCUGUCUGCUGGACUGGAGGAUCCACACUGGAGACUGGACACUCUCAGGGUGGACCAUUGUGGACCACAGAGACUGAGACCUGGUCUGAGGAAGUAUUCCUGUGAACUGGAACUGGAUGAAAACACAGUGAACAGAAAACUCAAACUGUCUGACAACAACAGGAAGGUGACACGUGUGACAGAGGGUCAGUCAUAUCCUGAUCAUCCAGACAGAUUUGACUACUGGUCUCAGCUCCUGUGUAGAACUGGUCUGACUGGUCGCUGUUACUGGGAGAUCAAGUGGAGAGGUGAUGUUUUUAUAUCAGUGAGUUACAGAAGAAUCAGAAGGAAAGGAAACAGUGGUGACUGUUGGUUUGGAAGAAAUGAUCAGUCCUGGAGUCUGAACUGCUCUGAUGAUCGUGGUUACUCUGUCUGGUACAAUAAGAGAGAAACAUCCAUCUCCUCCUCUGUCUCUAACAGAGUAGCAGUGUAUGUGGACUGUCCUGCUGGCUCUCUGUCCUUCUACAGAGUUUCCUCUGACUCACUGAUCCACCUCCACACCUUCAACACCACCUUCACUGAACCUCUGUAUCCUGGGUUCUGGAUCUUUCCCAGUUCCUCAGUGUCUCUGUGUCUGUAGGUCUGAGAGUUUCUCCUGUGGACAGAAACUCUGCUGACUGCAGGUCAGCUGCUGAAAUCAAAGUGGACUCUGUUCACCAUCACACACACUCUGCACUGUGAAGCAGAUCUGUCUCAGAUUCAGACACUGAACAUUGAUUAGUCUGAUUUCAUCACUUUGAUGAUCAACAUUUUAACACUUUUGUAAAAUGAUUUUAUUCUGUCUGAUGUUUAUUUUUGUCUCCGUUCACUCUGCUGUUGUUACUGUCAGGAUCAAUGAGCAGCAUCCAGCUCUGUUCACAUGUACAACUGUGUAAAUGGACUUCACUGCUAACACAAUGAAUACACAGGAAACACUUCUACAUGUUUUAAUGGAUUGAUUAUUAAAAGAAAAGGCUUUUA